AUGACCAAGGGCGAGUCCUUCGGCUCGUUCUCCGCCUUGCCUAGCCUCACCGUCCCCCUGAAGCUAUACACAGCUCCGGACGCCACCCUGGAGUUUCGUCUUACUGAUCUGACAUGCGAUUACCAGAUUGUUCACCUUCACAUGGGCCAAGCUGGUGUCCAGCUUGGACAAUCCGCCUGGGAACUCUAUUUGCUGGAGCAUGGCCUCGGCCCAGAUGGCCGGCCCGACCCCAACGCAAAGGACAUUGGCGACCCAGGUUCCUUCGAGACCUUUUUCACGGAGACGAGCAACGGCAAGCAUGUCCCUCGUGCUCUCUUUGUCGACCUCGACCCUUCGCCCAUUGACGAGCUCCGCACCGGUCCCUACCACCAGCUCUUCCACCCCGAACUGCUGAUCAACGGCAACGAAGAUGCCGCCAACAACUACGCCCGCGGCCACUACACCAUUGGCAAGGAGAAAAUUGACGCUGUCAUGGACCGCGUCCGCCGCAUAGCUGACAACUGCCAGUGUCUGCAAGGGUUUCUCGUCUUCCACUCUUUCGGUGGUGGUACCGGCUCUGGUUUCGGUGCUCUCCUCCAGGAGCGUCUUGCCACGGAAUUUACCAAAAAGGUCAAGCUCGAGUUCGCCGUUUACCCUGCUCCCAGCAUUGCCUCGGCCGUCGUCGAGCCCUACAACGCCGUUCUCUCUACCCACAGCACCAUUGAGAACUCGGACUGCACAUUCCUCGUCGACAACGAGGCCGUCUACGAUAUCUGCCGCCGCAAUCUCGGUAUCCCCCGUCCCUCCUACGAGCACCUCAAUCGCCUGAUCGCCCAGGUUGUCAGCUCCAUUACCUCCUCUCUGCGCUUCGACGGCUCCCUCAAUGUCGACCUCAACGAGUUUCAGACUAAUCUCGUUCCCUACCCCCGUAUUCACUACCCACUUAUCAGCUACGCCCCCGUGGUGUCAGCUCUCAAGAGCUCCCAUGAGAGCUUCAAGGUCUCCGACAUCACAUUCCAGUGCUUCGAGCCCAGCAACCAGAUGGUUGUCUGCGACCCCAGAAAAGGAAAGUACAUGGCUGUUGCUCUGCUCUAUCGUGGCGAUGUUGUUCCCCGCGACUGCAACGCUGCUAUCCUUGCCGUUAAGGUCAAGAACACCUUCAAUCUUGUCGAGUGGUGUCCAACUGGUUUCAAGCUCGGCAUCAACUAUCAAAAGCCCAUGACCGUCCCUGCUGCAGCCGAGGAUGGUGGCCUUGCCGAGGUCGACCGCUCCGUGUCUAUGCUCUCCAACACCACUGCCAUUGCCGAGGCUUGGUCGCGACUGGACUACAAGUUUGACCUCAUGCACAGCAAGCGUGCGUUUGUCCAUUGGUAUGUCGGUGAAGGUAUGGAGGAGGGCGAAUUUACCGAAGCUCGUGAGGAUCUCGCUGUCCUGGAACAAGAUUACGAGACCAUCGCCGGCGAGGCCGUUGCAGUUGAGGCGGAGGCUGAGUACUAA